UCUCUGCCGCCGUCCGUCCCGUCGGGUCCCCGCCGUCGCUCCAGCCGCAGCCAUGGAGGCCAUCAAGAAGAAGAUGCAGAUGCUCAAGCUGGACAAGGAGAACGCCAUCGACAGGGCCGAGCAGGCCGAGGCCGACAAGAAGCAGGCCGAGGACCGCUGCAAACAGCUGGAGGAGGAGCAGCAGGGCCUGCAGAAGAAGCUGAAGGGCACCGAGGAUGAGGUGGACAAGUACUCGGAGGCCGUCAAGGAGGCCCAGGAGAAGCUGGAGCAGGCCGAGAAGAAGGCCACCGACGCGGAGUCCGAUGUGGCUUCUCUAAACCGUCGCAUCCAACUGGUGGAAGAGGAGCUGGACCGAGCCCAGGAGCGCCUGGCCACGGCCCUGCAGAAGCUGGAGGAGACGGAGAAGAUGGCUGACGAGAGCGAGAGGGGCAUGAAGGUCAUCGAGAACCGAGCCAUGAAGGACGAGGAGAAGAUGGAGCUCCAGGAGAUGCAGCUCAAAGAGGCCAAGCACAUCGCUGAGGAGGCCGACCGCAAAUACGAGGAGGUGGCUCGGAAGCUGGUGAUCCUGGAGGGGGACUUGGAGCGCUCAGAAGAGAGGGCAGAAGUUGCUGAGAGCCGCAUGAGGCAGCUAGAAGAGGAGCUCCGCACCAUGGAUCAGGCCCUCAAAUCCCUGAUGGCUGCGGAGGAAGAGUAUUCCACCAAGGAGGAUAAAUAUGAAGAGGAGAUAAAGGUGUUGACAGACAAGCUCAAAGAGGCUGAGACCCGGGCAGAGUUUGCAGAGAGGUCUGUGGCUAAGCUGGAGAAGACCAUUGAUGACUUGGAGGACGAAGUCUAUGCCCAGAAGAUGAAGUACAAAGCCAUCAGCGAGGAGCUGGACAACGCUCUGAACGACAUCACUUCACUCUGAGCCACACACCCUGGCUGCCCCCCCACCC